AUGUCGUCAAAACUACAAAGCUUCGGUCGGUAUCUUAAGGAUAACUUCACCAUCGAGAAGGAAACUCCAUACAACAGCUCUUCAACGCAAUCUGGGCCUGUUGAAGGAGACAACUUUCAACUUGAAACCAAAAAAGAUGAAAAAAUUAUACAUUAUAAUGAUGAGGUCUCUUCGGUUGCCUCAAGGGUCCAAAUAAGCUCAAAAACACACAGGCGAUUGGAAAAUCGUCAUAUUCAAUUGAUUGGUAUUGGUGGUACCAUUGGAACUGCUUUGUUUGUGUCUCUUGGUAGAGGUCUUUACACUGGAGGUCCAUUAUCUUUGUUUCUAGCAAUGACAAUCUGGUGUGUUCCCAUCUGUUUGAUUACGGUCUCGACAGCUGAAAUGGUCUGCUAUUUGCCUAUUUCUUCGCCCUUUAUCAGAUUAUCAGGAAGAUGUGUAGAUGAAGCUUUUGAAUUCAUGGCUGGUUGGAACUUUUGGUUCUUAGAAGGCUCUUUAAUUCCCUUCGAAGUCACUGCAGUUAACACAAUUAUUCACUACUGGAGAGAUGACUAUUCCGCAGCCAUUCCCUUGGCUAUCCAGAUGGUUUUGUAUUUCCUAAUCAAUACCUUUGCUGUUAGAUACUAUGGUGAAAGUGAAUUUUGGUUCGCUAUUGGAAAGGUCAUUUUGAUUCUUCUCUUGAUCUGUUUCACUUUUGUCACAAUGUGUGGUGGUAAUCCUGCUGGUGACGCUUAUGGCUUCAGAUAUUGGACUGAUCCCGCUAUUAUGAACGAGUAUUAUAAAACUGGUGACCUUGGAAGAUUCCUUGGUUAUUUGUCUUGUGCUAUCAGAAGUUGUUUUGUUAUCGCUGGUCCCGAGUAUGUCUCAAUGGCAGCAGGAGAAACAAUUAAUCCAAGAGUCACUCUUAAAAAGGCCUUUAAACAAGUCUUUGUUAGAUUGACCUUUUUCUUUGUAAUGGGUGCCUUUUGUAUCAGCACUGUUGUUUCUUCAAGAGAUCCAACAUUGGUGGGAGCAAUCACUGAAUCAAUACCUGGUGCUGGUUCCUCUCCAUACGUGGUUGCUAUGCAAAACAUGAAAAUCAAAGUAUUGCCAGAUAUCGUCAAUAUUGGUUUGCUUUUAUCUGCCUUUUCUGCAGGUAAUUCUUAUAGUUAUUGCUCUUCUCGUUCUUUAUACGGUAUGGCAUUGGAUGGAAAAGCUCCAAAAUUCUUAAGUUACUGUACCAAAACCGGUGUUCCCAUAUUCUGUGUUGCUGUUUCAUUAUGUUGGGCAUUAUUAUCGUUCUUACAAUUGGGUGAAAAUUCAGCAACUGUAUUGGACUGGAUUGUUAAUUUGGUAACUGCAUCUCAAUUGAUUAAUUUCUGUGUCUUAUGUGUAACUUAUAUCUUUUUUCAUAAAGCAGUUAUUGCCCAAGGAAUUGAUAGAAACACUUUUGCCUUCAAAGGUUGGUAUCAACCAUAUUUGGCAUAUAUUGGUUUAGCUGCUGCUUUUCUCAUGGUCUUUGUUAGUGGUUAUACUGUAUUUCUUCCCUCAUGGUGGUCGGUCAAAGAUUUCCUAUUCUCAUAUAUCAUGGUCUUUUUAGACAUUUCUCUUUUUAUUGGUUACAAAAUAAUAAAAAAGACUAAAAUAAGAAAUCCACUUGAAGUUGAUCUAAUUACUGGUCUAGAUGAAGUUGAAGAGCAUGAAAGAGAUUAUUAUGAAAAAUUGGAAUUAAAUAAAGAUAACCCUAAAAAAUGGUAUAACUAUCUAUCAAAAUAUUUGUUUGGUGAAUAG